ACCCGAUAGAUUAAUAUAGCAUACAGAACAAGUGUCACGUUGUCAUCUCACCACCCGAAACAGAAGCGGAGAAUCAACGGAAAUUACCCUUUCCUCGACAGGACUACACUCCUCACUCAUAAACUCCCCAAACCCAACCUAACCGCAACUUCCAUGACACCUUAACCUAAACCAAAGUAAGCUCUACACUACGAAAAAAGUGAAAAAGCGACCAUGUCCUCCCUCCGCCAGCGACAGGUCCCCGCCGGCGCCGGCGCCAACGAACCAUCUACAUCCAAACCGACCACCCAAAAGAGCAAAUCUCGCAAUGAGAAAAAUGGCCUCAGUGUCCUUGAUAUUAUCCGUGUGGUGGUCACACUGAUCGUCGCAUCAUGCGGCUUAUCUUACUACAUGACGUCGACGGAGUCCGUGCUAUGGGGCUACAGGCCGUGGUUCACUAGAUGGCCGGUGUUGGUCCGGUACUUGCAAGGACCUCUGAGCCUCACGCCCGAGCAACUCGCCCUCUACAACGGGUCCGACUCGACCCUCCCCAUCUACCUCGCCAUCAAUGGCUCCGUGUUCGACGUCUCCGCGAACCCGCUCGUGUACGGAGCGGGCGGACACUACAAUUUCUUCACGGGGAAGGAUGCCACGCGCGCGUUCGUCACGGGCUGUUUCCAGGAGGACCAAACGCAUGAUCUGCGGGGGGUUGAGGAGAUGUUCAUGCCGGUUGAUGAGGAGGCGGAGCUGAAGACGCUGAGUAGUGGGGAGAAGAAGAUCCGGCGGGAGCAGGAUCGGCGGCUUGCCCGGACAAGUGUGCAGAAGCAGGUGCAGCACUGGGAGAAUUUCUUCCGGAAUCAUAAGAAGUAUUUUGAGGUUGGGAAGGUUGUUGGGUUGGAGGUGCCGGAGGAGCAGAGGGAGCUUUGUCAGUCGGCUAAGCAGCAGAGACCUAAGAGGAGCAGUUUGAAGAAGGGCAAUUAGGGGAAAUUUGAGGGAGUUUGAUUGAUAGGUUUGUAUGUAUAUAUCUGGGCGUGUUUUUUAUCUGUCGGUCAUCGCGUGUGCUACGUAGGGUACUCUGCUCUUCUUAUCUGUCGGCUUUCCUACUUGUCGUUCCCCGCAUGCGUUUCUUAAACUGUAGAUGGUUGCGGUUGUUUGCGAGGGUCGUUCCUUUGUCGAUUUUAUCAAGGAAUUUACGUGAUACGUCCAGUAACGGAAAAC